CAAACCACUCUUUUCUGAAUCCUACUGUCUUUCUGGAUUCAGUCCAGAACCCAGCGGUGGCAGAAGAAUGCAUGCGCGGAGGAGCCAGCGCUGCCCCCGGCUGCCAGGACCUAAGGUGUAUUCUGUAAUUAGCCUCUGAAGUUAUCGUUUAGGGGGGGGGAGUCAUUUUGAGAUGACGCGGAGAGGACAGAGUGAGCCUUUUUAAAAUAAUAACUAAAUCCCCGUGUACCCGGCGACCCGGGCCGAUGACACGUUUCCGUGGACAAUGACCAUCAAGAUGUCAACGGCAGGGAACACACAGUCCCCCGAGGACACAAAGUGCCUCCUGUCUCCGGAUAAAGCGAAAGCAAAGGGAUCGCUCUUCUCUCACUGGACUGAAAAGAUGGUGAUCACGCGCAGCGACAGCGUGCCCGAUGAGAACGUUCUGAAAAUCACCAUCACCGAGACAACCGUUAUCGAGUCGGACCUGGGAGUCUGCAAUUCCCGGGCGCUCACCUACCUCGCACUGUGGUUUUUCUUCAGCUUCUGUACACUUUUCCUCAACAAGUACAUUCUGACGUUACUGGAAGGGGAGCCGAGCAUGCUAGGUGCUGUCCAGAUGCUUUCCACCACCUUUAUUGGCUGCAUCAAGAUGUUCAUUCCCUGCUGUCUGUAUCAGCACAAACCCCGGCUUAGUUACCCUUCAAACUUCAUCAUGAUUAUGGUUUUUGUGGGUAUUAUGAGGUUCGCCACUGUGGUUCUAGGACUCGUGAGCUUGAAGAAUGUGGCGGUUUCUUUUGCGGAAACGGUUAAAAGCUCAGCUCCAAUAUUUACGGUCAUAAUGUCUAGACUUAUAUUGGGAGAAUACACCGGAAUGAUAGUGAACCUAUCUCUUCUCCCAGUCAUGGCUGGGUUGGCACUCUGCACUGCUAGUGAAAUCAGCUUUAACAUACUGGGCUUCUCUGCUGCUCUGUCUACAAACAUCAUGGACUGUUUGCAGAAUGUCUUCUCGAAGAAACUUCUAAGUGGAGAUAAAUAUAAAUUUUCACCUCCAGAGCUCCAGUUUUACACCAGCGCGGCAGCAGUGAUCAUGCUUAUUCCUACAUGGAUAUUUCUCAUGGACAUGCCACUGAUUGGUAAAAGUGCAAGGAAGUUCACUUACAAUUGGGAUAUCAUUGUGCUGCUUCUUAUCGAUGGCGUUUUGUUCCAUCUACAAAGCGUCACUGCAUAUGCACUCAUGGGGAAGAUCUCACCGGUCACCUUCAGUGUUGCCAGCACCGUGAAGCACGCACUUUCCAUUUGGCUCAGUAUUAUUGUUUUUGGUAAUAAAAUCACCAGCCUUUCUGCGAUUGGGACUGUUUUAGUAAUCAUUGGAGUCAUGCUCUAUAACAAGGCCAGGCAGCAUCAGAGAGAAUCGUUUCGCACGUUGAGCGCACAUGCAACUAGCGAAGACUCUGAAACUCUCAUAGGACCAGAGCAGAAAUCUCAUGGAAAAUAAUCUGCCAUGCCCUUACAGCCAUUAAUUCUGCCACCAAGUUCCCCAUUUCAUUCUCUUCUGUUCCUCCACAUCCCAAGCCAGUGGACCAUUAAUUAAAAGCACUUUCAUUGGAGGCAUCCAUUGGUUUAUAAGUGGUUUCCCACAUAGGGACACUUCUUGUUCAAAGCUAAAAACAUUGACCUUUUACGAGCCGGAUCAUAAUCACAAAGCAUCAUGUCUUAUUUAGACCCUACUGGCAUCCAUACAAACCACAAAUAUGAAGACCGCCCCAGAGGAUAUAUAUAUAUUCAGUGAUGUACUUUCUGGAA